UGCAAUCCAAUUCACUUUCUGAAAAUUUAACCUGAAAAAGUUAUAACUUUGCCUAUCGUUAAUAUACAUGUAUAUGUUAUCGAAGAAACUUAAAACGCAUUAAAAAGAUGAUAAAAAAUUUAUUUAUUUAAAAAUUUAUGAAUUGUAAAGAUUUAUGUAAAGCGACAGAAGAAGAGUUGUUAAAUUAAAACUGCAGGUUGCAGAUGCACGUGACCGACAAGUGAUAUAAAGAAUAAGUCUGUAAUAAAUCUGUAUUAAAAUUUUCAUUUUAGCAAAUUUUACUACUUGUGAACAAAAAUAUUUGACUUUUAUGUCGGUUAUCAAUCUUUUUAAACACGCAACUCUAAUUCAGUAGACACAAUCAUGGUAAAUACAAAGGAAGUGACAGAGCUACAAGCAUUCAAAACAGUUUUAUAUCACAGUGUGAUAAUACUCGCUUUACCCGUGAUAUCAUUCUUUACAAGCAAGAUUUUCCUCUUUGAUGGUAUAUUGGGUCUCAACAAUGUGCCAAGUAAUGUAUAUUCGGCUGGUGUUGCGAUAAUAGUAUUACAUAUUGCCUUGGGAGCAUUUAUAUACAAAGCAUAUUUUGAUGAUCGAUCAAAAACAUCAGCAGUUAAGAUAGAUUAAUUCUUUAUUAUUAAGUGCACCUUGGUGACCAUACACUUAUGACAUAAUCACAAUCAAGACAUUUGUUUUGGAUAACAUUAAAGUGAAACUUUGAUGUGUUGAUAUUA